AUGAGCGACCACGGGGACGAGGAAGACCGUCGCCUCUUGGAUGAGUCGUUGGCGGUUGAUGCCGUAUCUCACGAAUACGACAUUGGAGCCAAGAGUCAACCUGGUCGAUCAGCAGCCUCUUCCAUAUGGACCUCGCUAGGGUUUGUCUUCGUUGUCGCGCUUUUGGCAAUGCCGCUUUUGGGAUACGUGCGCCAUCUUGAGCCGGCAUUAGCUCCCAGUUCCCCUGUGCAACAGCUUGCGAUUCCACUGCACCCCGAGAGGCAUAUAUGGCGAAGCGCAAAGACACUGGAGUUCCAGUGGAAUGUGACUCUGGGAACUAUGGCGCCGGAUGGCGUUAAGAAGCAGGUGUACCUUGUGAAUGGCGCAUUUCCGGGCCCGACAAUCGAAGCCCGCUCUGGUGACAGGCUCAUUGUCCACGUGCACAAUAGCCUGGCGGAUGAAGGUCUGGCAAUACACUGGCACGGGCUACGAAUGAAGGGCUUCAAUUCCAUGGAUGGCGCCAUCGGCUUCACGCAGUGUCCUAUUGUCGCGGGCCGUGACUUCAAGUACGACUUCAAGAUUGGUGACGAUGAGCACGGCACCUUUUGGUGGCACAGCCACGCCGAAGUCCAGAGGGGCGAUGGAUUAUACGGGGGGUUCGUCAUUUACCAACCUGGUGUUCGACCAAAGCACCAGGAGGCUCUCGUCCUCGUGGGUGACUGGUUUCACCGCAAGCAGACGGACGUGUUCAACUGGUACUUUGACUGGGGAAGCGUGGGAAACGAGCCAGUGCCGGAUUCUCUGCUAGUCAAUGGCCGCGGUCGGUAUAAUUGCUCCAUGGCGGUUCCUGCACGCCCCGUCGUCUGCACACAGCGAUCCAGUGAGGAUCUGCUGCCCUUGCUGCAUCGGAGGCCCGAGGACGCGGUGAAGCUGAGGGUGGUGAAUACUGGGACGGUGGCCGGCGUGACUCUCAAAGCGGAUGGAGCGACAAUGCAGCCCGCGGCGGUUGAUGGUGGUUUCGCAGUUGAGGAGCGACCCGGCCGCUCGGUGGGUAUUCUGUAUCCCGGCGAAAGGGCAGAUCUGUUGGUGAGAUGGGACGGCGUUGGUGAACAAAACUAUCAGCUUCAUGUUGAGCUGGAUGACGAAAACUUUGGCGGAUUUCCGAAUCCAGCCCUGGACCCAAACCAUAGCUUCGAUGUCUUUCCUCCCAGUCUCGAAACCAGGCAAGAAAAUAGCCCCCCUAUCCUCUUACCCGACGACGACCAACACCGUGAUCUCACGAAUCUCACGGCCGCCGCCACAUCAACAGACGUAUUAGCCCCCAAGGCCCAGGAAACAAUGGUCCUGUACUUUAAAACGCAAAUGCUCUCCCGCUUCCAGAAUAAGCCCAUGGGCUUUGUCAACAACACCUCCUGGAAGCCGCAAAAUCCACCGCUUUUAGCAACAGACCGCAGCCUCUGGGACGCAGACCAAUUCAUCCCCUUUAUUAAUUCUUCGAGGACGAGGGAUGUUGACAUAAUAGUCAAUAAUCUAGAUGAUGGGGCACACCCGAUUCAUCUCCACGGGUACUCAUUCUACGUCUUGUCGUCAUUUAGAGCCGAGGGCCGAAAUGGAUGGGGCAGUUAUAACCCCUUCGAGUCGGCGGCCCCUGUGCCGCCAAAUCUUGUUAACCCCGUUCAGAAAGAUACAGUUAGCGUGCCCAGAAGGGGACAUGUGGUUAUUCGAGUGAGAGCGGAUAAUCCCGGUGUGUGGAUGAUGCAUUGCCAUAUGCUCGUGCAUAUGGGCACUGGGAUGGUGACGGGGCUGCACGUGGAGGGCAAGGAGAAGCAUGUCGGUGUGGAAAGGGCGAGUAGAUUGUGUAAAUAG